UUAUUAGGCGGCAUGAUCGAGUACUGAAUCCUAAUUAUUUUAAGGUUGACAAGACACUUUUAAUGUCAACUUUUUUUAGAGAACACAAAGGCAAAUCCAAUUUUCAAUCCUGUCUUUUAUACCAUUAAAUAAGAAAAUCAAAUACACAGAUCUUCAAAUGCAAAAUCAAGAGCCGCAAGUUAUCGGAGAUGUUAACAAUAAUGACGAGAUAUUGUUGCAGGAUCGAAUAGUAAGAAUUUUAAGUUACUCAGAAGAGCCAUCAAAUGUAUUGUUCCUAUAUUUCAACGAAGAAUUUCCUGCUGACCCUCCUUCGUGUUCACUUUUUGAUGACGAUAUCCAAGACGAAAUUGGAGAUGGAAGUUUCAAUAGUAUGUUAAAGGAAAGCCAUUAUAAUUUAUUUCCGAAGCUUGUUACUAGUAAAAUUUUGGUUGGUCAAGAGGAUACUUCUUAUAGAGUUGAAGAUAUAGUUACCAGCGUAUAUUUUCCUUCUGAAGAAUUUGCUUGUAUAGAAGAGCUUAGUCCGAUCAGGAAGUUUUUUUCGAGAAUUUGGAGUUGGUGCAAACCGAAAGCAAAUUGUAAUAAUGACUAAGUUAUUUUCAAUAAAGCUUUUCGUAUUAA